AUGUCUUCGCGAAGAAGAACAAUCAAAAAAGAGACCCCGCAGCGCCGCAAGAUCGCUUUAGCAUGUGAAUCAUGCAGGGACAAAAAGGUCCGAUGCGACGGGGCGAAGCCGAUCUGUGGGCCAUGUGCUCGACGGGCGUAUCCGAUAGACCGGUGCGUAUACAAGAUUGAGAAUGCUCGGUCAGCAAGCAAUAAUGCUUAUCUCAAGGUGCUGCACAAACGCAUCCGAGAAUUAGAGAAUAUUUGCGCACAAAAUGGAGUUGCUGUCCCGGCCCGAAUCCCUGAUGAUGAGGAGAGGGGAUCUGAUGAUGGCCAAGAGAGACAACCUAGUGCAGACACGCUGGACCAUGAGUCUAGAACAUCUGUGGCCGUGGAGGGUCUGCUAGGCCUAGGCUCCAAUACCGAAAUACUCAAUCAGCUACGUCCCUCUACGGUACCCACGGUGCCGCAAAUGGGUGCUCAGCUGAGACAUCGGCCUUCUAUACCAUCGACACAUUCAAGCCUGGGACAUCCAGAUGCUGAUCCAAUCUCACCUCAUCGAUCACUUGCUCCUUAUGAAACUGGGAGGGCAUCUUCGGCAAAUCCAUUUCCUUCCCCGUCUAUCAAUUCCCAUAAUGUCACAGCCAUGGGAGCAAUAUCUGUGGGAGAAGAUGGGGAGAGUAACGAGUCACCCAGGGAGCAAUACUACGGUAACUCUUCUGUAGCUUCCUUUAUGCGCCUUGCAAAGGACUCAAUGCCAAUACGAUCUUACCUUCAAACCCUCAAACAGAUGGAAGGCAGCACGCCGAGUGGUUCUUCUUACCGGGACACAGGGCUGUGGCGAGACUGCCUGACGCCAACGCUGGGACUACAAUUCGAUGAUUUUUCACUGCCUCCUCGCCCCCUGGCGGACCACCUUUUGGAAUGCUAUUGGAACCGAGUGCAUUGUCUAUAUCCCUUUUUCCAUCGACCAAGUUUUGAGCAAGCUUAUGAGAAUCUGUGGGGAUCUAGCAAAUGGCCCAAGCCUCAGCUGCCAGAACUAAACAUUGGCCUUGGUGGCUCAUUUGAUUCUGGUCAUCAGUCAAUUGUCUUUCAUUGUGCACUGAACGCUAUCUUCGGCUUAAGUUGCCAUUUUUCUGACAUACCUGCCGCUGAGCGCGAGGCAGCCGCAUACUCAUUUUUUCUCCGAUCGAAGCGGUUCGUCGGUCUUGACCUCCUAGACAUAGGUACUAUCGGCGUUGUACAGACACUCCUCAUUAUCUCCCUUCUUUUACAAAGCACACCCUAUCCUAAUAGAUGUUGGAAUGCGAUCGGGCUUGCUUGUCGGGUGGCCCAAGGACUGGGCCUGCAUGAAACUGCAACGCAGCAAUCCAUCAACCCCUUGGAGCAAGAAACCAGGCGCCGUACCUGGCACGGAUGUGUGAUCAUGGAUAUGAUCGUGAGUAUGACUUACGGUCGCCCAAGCAUGACAUCUCAUAUUUCACCUGCUUCUCCCCCGGUCAUGAAACCCGACCUGCAGUCCGAUGACCCUUGUGCACUUGCCGGGCAACCUUGCGAUCAUAAAUCGGGUUACAUGACAUUCUAUGUCUCCACAAUUGAGCUUUACAAAAUUCUCGAAGCUAUCCUGUCCGACAUAUACAAUGCAUGGCAAAGUCGAUCGAACCACCAUCGACCCUUGUCUCAUCGGGGAACGAAGCAUAGCAGCCUUGAUGUCAUUAUGGAACUCGACGACAAGCUUUCCACAUACGAAGCCAACAUUCCCCCCGUACUUAACUGGACGGGUAUACACCCACCACUCAGCCCAAAUAGCCAUCAAGAUCCAAUCUUCAAACGCCAGCGUAACGUCUUGCGAGCAAGGUAUUCACAGCCCUUCCUUCCCGGUAGAAAGCUACAACAAAAUAACCUAAUCAACUAUACCAGAUUUAUACAUCUUCGUCUUCUCCUUUAUCGCCCCAUGUUCACACAACUCUGCUCUGACGAUCGCAUGGACUUCGCUCGGCAGACAGGUUCAGGCUCGGACUCGGAAAAACCCACGAUCGGACUGGAGAAAAAUGUCAUUUACAAUUCCAUGUCUGUAAAUUGUGCAGCUGCUUGUGUCAGGGCAGCUGUGGAACUGGUGUCACAUGUCCACGCCACGUACAGGACAUCAUUAACAGACGCGUGGUGGUAUAAUGGCUUUUAUACAUCGACUGCAGGAUUCGUUCUGAUCAUGUCGUAUUCGUGUCGCUCUAUCCUCGACCAGAUCGACGUGCAUGCCGUGGACGAGACAUGGCGGAAAUGCGAGGAGGUUCUGACAACAAUGUCCUCAUUCAGUCUCUCUGCCCGCAAUUCGCUACAGUUCCUGCAGGUUACGCACCAACAUAUUGUUCAGAAUUAUACAGGUGCCCCCCGUAACGAUGAUAACGCUUUUGCCCCGAACCAAGUACACAGAAGUAACAAAAAUGCCGAUCGGUCAGAUGUAACUUCUCAUCUUGCCGAGGGAAUUUCAGAAGAGUCUGGAGUGCGUGACUCUGAGUCCACUGGUCCAGCCAUUAAUCCGUUCAUGAGUUGGGAUGAAAUGGGUCUUGGUCAGGAGGAUCUGGGAUUUUUGGGCAGAUUUGAUCUUCCUGAUCUUGCGACCUGGUUUUCUGACGUGCCAGAUAUGUUAUCAUGA